UACUAGGCAACAUUAAGAAAGAGAGUCGGUUGGUUGGGGUUCGGUUUCUUCCGCGGCAAACUAGACCCGGGCGAGGUCCGAACCCACCAAAGUCGUCAGAUCCAGAGCUGGUCGAAGAAGACAGGAACAAACAAAUAGCCGCGGCGGUGAAGAAGAGAGGACUGCAGCUGAGCGAGCGGGCUUCUGCCUUUGGCCACUUGAUACUUCUUAAGAGCAGCUGUCUUCUCCGUCCUCUGUCGUCCCUCGUUCGUCCGGCCUCCGGGCGGGAUCUCCACGCCCUUGAUUGGAACUACUGAAGCUAAAAAAAUUCCCCAUUUCUACUUCCUCCGACUACGACUCCGGGCAUCCUGAAUUCCGAUUCUUGGUUCUCGUUUCGUUUGGUUUCCAAUUGAUGCUGUUGAGUUUGUGUGAUUUGUGAAUCUAAACCCAAUGUCAAAACCCUCGCCCAACAGAAUCGUCCAAGGUCUUCUCCGGCUCCACUACUCUCGCUCCCCCGCCGGCGGCUCAUCUCGGGUUCCACUUCCGGCAGGCUCGCUCGCUCGACCUCACUCCAGUCCUUCCCAGUUCUCUACUUCCACUUCCCAUCCCUCUUCCCUCAAGUUCUCUCCAUUUGCUUCACAACCCGCGUCCUCAACUCUGCCAAAGCUCCCGAAUCCUUCGACUUCGUUCCUUGCCAGGACUUACUGCUAUGGCCUUCGUCACUACUCAUUCAAAGCUCCUUCUAGUGUGGGGAAAAGGGUCGGCGGAGAGUUCGCCAAACGGGCAUUUGAGAAGCCGGCCGAGGCUGUGACCUCUGUUCUGUCUAAGUACCGUCAAGCCUUAGGUCUCCACUUGGAUGCUUUCUGGAAGAGGAAUUCUCUUUUCCUGUUUGGGGUUGGAGCAGUCGUGCUGUGUGCUUUGCUAUGGAGGGUUAUGUUUGGGAUUGCCAACACGUUUGUUCAUCUCUCUGAAGGCAUGGCCAAGUAUGGCUUUCUCGCCCUUUCAGCUGCAAUCGUUGCCUUUGCUGGUCUAUACGUUCGCUCAAGACUUACAAUUAACCCUGAUAAGGUUUAUAGAAUGGUUAUGACACGGCUAAAUACAGAUGCCGGGAUUUUGGAAGUCAUGGGUGCUCCUCUUGCUGGAACUGACUUAAGAGCUUAUGUGAUGUCAGGGGGAGGGAUUAGAAUGAAGAAUUUCAAGCCAACACGUAGCAACAAACGUUGUUUUCUCAUCUUCCCAGUUCAAGGAUCGGAGAGAAAAGGUCUAGUCAGCGUUGAAGUUAAGAAGAAAAAGGGCCAGUAUGAUAUGAGGUUAUUGGCAGUUGACAUCCCAAUGGCAUCAGGACCUGACCAGCGACUGUUUUUGAUUGGAGAUGAAGAAGAAUACAAAGUUGGUGGUGGGAUCAUAGGCGAGCUACGAGAUCCUGUGAUCAGAGCUAUGUCUGCUACCAAGGAAUUCGAUGAUCUCGACCAAAUAGAGGAAGAGGAGGAUGCCGAGAGAGAGCUUCAGGAGGCUGAGAGGAAGCGGCAGGAAGAAAUCGAAAAGCUCGAGAAGGAUGGCUCAUCAUAGUUCUGCUGGGUUCUUUUCUCAUCAUUUUUUCUUUUUUGCGCACCGCCAGAAUCGUCUGUGUCCUUUUUGGUCUUGAGCAGAGUUGAGUUUUUUCACGACUACGCCCCAUCGUUCCAACAGCCACCCCAUGAAAGGUUUUGUUUCAAGUUGAGGUGUCCAAACUGUUAAUAAAUGCGUUGAUAGUUGAUACAAUCCAACAGAAGCAAUUUGUAGCUAUGUUCCAGAAAGAAGAAAGGGGACCAUUCAUGAACUCUUUUUCCCUUCGUUGCUAGGCCGUUAUCUAACUAUGUCAUUCUUGCUGAAUUUUAUUCAAAUUCGAUCAGUGCCAUCAAUUUUUCUG